ACCUUGAAUAUGAUUAGUCUGACACGAAGAGUAAGCCUGUAUAAGAACGCCAUUGGGCCCCCGGCCUAUGUAUUAACAGCCUUUCACCUGAGAGAACCCGAUUAACUGUAGAUUGCACGAUCCGACCACCAGACCCAGAUCUUCCUCCUGCUUCCUUUCCGUGAUCACUUUGCCGCUUCCUUUCCACCGAGACAAAUAAACCCUAACGUUAAACCCCUGUGCAGCUUUCUCCACAGAAUGCCCUAAUACACCUCCCCAGUUUCCCCCUGACUAUCCUGCAACUUUCGAAGUCGCGGCUUUACCAGAUUUCUACAACUGCCAGAAGGGUUGCUUUGCUUCUCUACCCUGACGCCCUGAUAAUUUCUUACUCAUGAAGGGCAAAGCUCCGGCGAAGCGAGGCCCGGGAGGUCCAAACAAGUCCAAGAGCAAUGGCGAUUCAUUUUUCAAGCCCGAUACGAAGAGGCGGCGGAAGGGGGGUUUCCGCGAUGAUGAUAUUGAGUCAGGGGAGUCAGACCAGGAGAAUGGGUACCCUGGCUCGGACGCGAGCUCCGGACACGGCGAUGAGGAUGAAGAGAUUGAUGAAUACGCCGAUGAGACAGCCGCCGAGAAGAAGGUAAGGCUUGGGAAAGAGGCUCUGCAAAAUCUUAUGGCUAUUGAGAAGAAGAGGGCAGAGGAGGACGAUGGGGAAGUGGAAGAAGGGAAAGGGUAUGAGAAGGAAGGCGAGAGAGAUUCCUUAGUUGCUAGGAAGUUGAUGAAGGAACAGUUGGAGGAGAGUGGGCGCUUGAGGAGGGAUGUUGCUUCUAGGGUUCAGAAGCCUGAAACUGGUGAUGGAUUCCGGUACCUAGUGAAGCACACACAUCCUGUCACUGCAGUGUGCCUAUCAGAUGAUGAAUUGAGGGGCUUUUCUGCUUCCAAAGAUGGUUCAAUCGUUAGUUGGGAUAUAGAGAGUGGGAAAAGAGAAAGAUACAAAUGGCCAACUGACAAAAUUUUGAAGUCCCAUGGAGCCAAGGAUCCAGAAGGUCGAGCUACAAAACAUAGUAAAAGUGUUUUGGCUUUAGCUGUUAGCCCAGAUGGCCGGUAUUUGGCUAGUGGAGGGUCAGAUCGGCACAUUCACUUAUGGGACACUCGGGCACGUGAACAUGUUCAGGCUUUCCCAGGCCACAGAGGAGCUGUGUCAUGUCUAGCAUUUAGGCAUGGGACUUCAGAACUCUUUUCUGGUUCAUUUGAUAGAUCGAUCAAGAUAUGGAAUGUUGCAGACAGGACUUACAUAAGCACAUUAUUUGGUCAUCAAAGUGACGUUUUAAAUGUUGAUUGCCUACGGAAAGAAAGGGUAUUGGCUGUUGGACGUGAUCGUACUAUGCAGUUUUUUAAGGUCCCUGAGGAGUCCCGAGUAAUUUUUCGUUCUUCUACCUCGGCUUUAGAGAGCUGUUGUUUAAUUGAUUAUGAGGAUUUCUUCUCUGGCUCGGAUGAUGGGAGUGUUGAGCUGCGGACUGUACAAAGGAAGAAGCCCGUGGACUGUAUCAGGGACGCUCAUGCUUUGCCAUCUGACAUCAGGGAUGAAGAAAAGGACAACCGGAAACCCUCUAAUGCAUAUUCCUGGGUAAGCUCAGUUGCUGCAUGCAGAGGAAGCGACUUGGCAGCAUCAGGAGCUGGCAAUGGUUCAGUCCGUUUAUGGGCUAUUGAUAGUUCUCCUAAAGUCAUCCGACCCUUGUUUGAUCUUCCUCUGGUUGGCUUUGUAAACUCCAUGGCUUUUGCAAAAUCUGGAAAGUUCCUCGUUGUUGGCAUUGGCAAGGAACCUCGUCUGGGAAGAUGGGGGAAGAUUUCUGAUGCUCAAAAUGGAGUUGCGAUUCACCGAUUAAAGCUUUCGGAGGAGGAUGUAUCUAAAUUUUGACUGAGCAACUUCAGAUCCCUCUCUGUACUACUCAGGUUUACAUAGACAGAUGAGAGAUCCUGAUCAAUUUUGUCCUGGCUCAAUACGAUCCAUUAAGUUAAUUGAUCUUUUCUCCCCUCAUGUUUCUGCUACUCAGUUCAGGUCUUGUCCCCCUUCUGAGUGAAUGCUACGCAAUUCUUGUAUGGUUAGUACAAAAAGGGAGACAGUAAUUGGUAUCUGCACUGCAAAUGGGAUCUGGAAAACAGU